GCUGAAUAUUGUUGCUACGCUAGAGCUUGACUUUCAACUACAACGUCAACUCAGCUGGCUGCUCCGGGCUCACGAUUUUUCGUUUAUUCCUUUGUCUUUCAUUUCUAACCGCUCUUUAUUAUUCCCAGAUACCAAAGCACCGUUCUGGGUGUACAAGUCAGUCUUUUUUCUGGAGAGAGUCAUGGCGGCUAGAUUCGCACCACAGCCUACGUACGCAUCUGCUGAUGUCCCAGUCCCUACAAAUCGUCCACCUCAGCCCACGGGCACCACUAUACGCCGUGCAAAAACCCUCACUCGCCCGGAGCGAAGUGUCGCACCAGUACCUCUCAUUAAUCCCCAGUCAUCCCUCACCCCUUCCGCAUCAGGUACUAUUCAAACCGGCUCCCGGAGCAGUGGUUUCGACCCAUGGCGUUUGUUCGCUCAGAUCGUUACUUUCUGGGCUCCAUCCUGUUUGCUUAGCUCUCUCGGGGGUCUCAAAGACAAGGGCAAGAUACAGGCAUGGAGAGAGAAAAUCGCCCUAUGUUUCAUCAUUGCUAUCUUAUGUUUUAUCAUUGGCUUCAUUACCGUCGGCACUCAGAAGGUCUUGUGUCCCGAGACAUCCAGCAUGAACCCCUCGCGGUACUCGAUUCUUGGCUCACUCCCCGGCACGCUGAGCAUACUUGGCAUUUUAUACAAUGUCACCCAUGCCAACAGUCCUGCAAGUGUGAACCUCGAUCAACUCACCCUUAAAGAGCCAGGACAGGACAUUACUCCCUACUUCUAUCGCACUGCCAGCCAAUAUUCCGCGUGCCAAGGUCUCAAAUUCCGUGUUGCCUUGGACCAACCGUGUAUAUCUGCAACAGACUGUCCUCUUGGUGCAAUCAAUGCCUCUUCCACCUUUACGCAACUCGAUAUCCAGGAGACAACUCUUCUGCUUGGUUACGACUGGGACCAAGUCGCUGCCCUCCCAAAUUACUUCGUAAUUGACGGUGCCGUACUAAACAUGAAUCCCUACAUGACACAACAUCCCAGCCCGGUAGCUUCCGACCCCGUAGAUCUCGCAAUCCGCACUAUCCUGAAGACACAGGCGAGCUCUAGUGGAAAGGAUGGCACCCGUCUAUUCUACAACCGUGCCGACAUCCUUACAGCAGUUCCAUGCCUCUAUCAGCGAUACUAUGCAGGAAACAUUGCCAAGAUCACCCCCGGCUGCUUCGUCAGCUCCCUCUUCCUAUAUGUUGGACUCAUCGUUAUCCUUGCCCUCGUGCCUUGUCACCCGGACACGUCGCAUCUCAACAGGUCGGCCAUCAGUCCGGCGGUGAUGCCUGGGGGUGCAAAUAUCUCAGUUGACAACCGCACGGGUACAGCACCAUGGGCUGGCCCUCAUGGGUCGAAGAAACUCGUCAAAGCAAUCCCUACCCGCCUUCCUGCAUCUUCCAGCACGACCCUAUUACCGGAAGCUGCACCCGUCAUGUCUCUCACGCAAAUUGGUGCCGAGUUAUUCGCCAUCUGCCUCGUAACGUGCUACUCUGAGGGUGAAGACUCUAUACGUUCCACGCUGGAUUCCAUUUCUCGGACGACUUACUCUGAUGCACGCAAGCUACUUUUUAUUGUGGCCGAUGGCAUGAUCACUGGUGCAGGAGAGAAGAUGAGCACACCUGAUAUAUGUGUGGGAUUGCUGGAUGCGGAUCCUCGAUUCGGCAAUCCCAUGCCCAUGAGUUAUCUUGCAAUUGGAAGUGGAACGAAGCGGGAAAAUAGAGCAAUGGUCUAUGCAGGACACUACACGGUUGCUGGUCGUCGCACACCUACUGUGAUUGCCGAGGCUACCAGUGACAAAAAACCUGGAAACCGCGGCAAACGAGACAGCCAGCUCAUUCUCAUGAACUUUUUCUCUCGCGUCACAUAUAACGAUCGGAUGACCCCUCUUGAUUUUGACUUGUUCCGGAAGAUCCAUACCCUAAUGGGUGUCACGCCUGACUUCUUUGAGGUGUGUUUGAUGGUUGAUGCCGAUACCAAGGUAUACCCUGAGUCGCUGAAAUACCUCGUCAACUGUAUGCACCACGACCAGAUGAUAAUGGGCGUCUGUGGGGAGACCCGCAUAGCUAACAAACGUGAUUCCUGGGUCACCGCCAUCCAAGUCUUCGAAUACUUCAUCUCCCACCACUUAGCCAAAGCCUUCGAAUCCGUCUUUGGUGGUGUUUCAUGUUUGCCUGGCUGUUUCUCCAUGUUUCGACUGAAAGCGCGCAAGACGACGGGUGACGACUGGAUACCUCUUAUUGUUAAGCCUGAAAUUGUACGCGAAUACAGUCAAAGCGAGGUCACCACGCUGCACCAACAGAACCUUCUUUUACUCGGAGAAGACCGCUUCCUCACCACCAUUCUCCUUCGUACAUUCCCCAAUCGCAAGAUGAUGUUCUUACCCCAAGCCAAAUGCCGGACUGUUGUACCCGAUACUUUCAAAGUUCUCCUCUCUCAACGUCGUCGAUGGAUUAACAGCACGAUCCACAAUCUCAUGGAACUUGUUCUUGUGCGCAAUCUAUGCGGGACAUUCUGUUUUAGCAUGCAAUUUGUGGUCUUCAUGGAUUUGCUCGGGACGGUCGUACUACCCAUCGCCAUCGUGCUUACCUAUGCGCUCAUUGCGGGCAUGAUCAUGCAACCCCCAACAACCUUCGAGGAAGCGAUCCCCCUCAUGCUACUUGUGUCUGUACUGGGUCUUCCCGCUGUGCUGAUAUUGAUAACGACGAGGAAGGUUGUAUAUGUGUUCUGGAUGAUUAUAUACCUCGUGGCACUGCCGGUGUGGAAUUUCGUUCUUCCCGUGUAUGCAUUCUGGCACUUUGAUGACUUCUCAUGGGGAGAGACGAGGAAAGUGGAAGGGGAGACAAAGGGAGAAGGGCAUGGUGCUGGCUCUGGCACCUUCGAUGGUUCCUCGGUUACUCUUCGCCGCUGGGAAGAUUGGGAGCGCUCACGCUUACGCAAACUCAAGCGUGAGGAACGGCGGCGGCGUGACUUUGAUCGUAUGCAUCCAGCGGCACGUAGUCCAUACGGCGACGGGUCAGACACGUAUUCCUUUGUGUCAUCCGAGGACGAUCAUUAUGGUCCGCAGAUUGGUGGAUACAACGAGAACAAUGCUCAGUUCCCUGCUCCACCUGUCGGUCUGUUUGCCUCUGGGCAUGGGGCUGAUGGGAACAAGGUGGUUGGCGGUGCAGAGUUGGAGGCGAUGUUAGAGAGUGGGUUUGAUGAUGAUGAGAGCCCGCAACGGACGCCCACGAGCACGAUGUACGCCGCACGGUAUCAGCUCAGUGAUAACCCAUCACAACAGCGUCUCAUGUCCUACGCGUCAUCCGACUCGGGCUCACGAACACCCCCCGUACAGCAUCAACCGUACGGCACACGAAUAGAGGACCGGAGUCGCACCGGUGAGAGGUAUGGCCCGCUGGGCCCGUUAGAUCCAGGAGAGAAGUUUUAGAUUGGGACGCUUGUUUUUGUGAGGACGGUAUCUCAUUCGAUGUUUGAUACAUACUGCACAUAAUGUUUGUGUGGGUUUUUAUAAGUAUCUCAUACGUUUAUCCACAGGGUGCUCACACUAUAUUUGGUACGGAAUGGUAGAUACUAUAAUCAUUCAACACUUGCUGUUAUGUAACUGUUUUCUCUACGAAUACAUGACAGGACUAUAUAAUAUCGCGUACAUGCUCCAAGUUGUUUUUUUUCUCACUUGAUGCACGAGAUUACUUGUGAAGAUGAGAAGCGCUACGAGAUAGUAGAUAAAGGAUUUUCAUUCUAUUUGUGCGAUGCAG